AAUGGGAAACAACAAUAGCAAUAACAGAAGUAAAGAGAGGCGAUGGCCGAAGAGGAUCAUACUGGUGCGCCAUGGUGAAAGUGAAGGUAACGAAGACAAAAAUGUGUACACCGCCGUACCUGACCAUAAAGUGCAACUUACAGAGAAAGGCAAAGAGCAAGCCAAAAAUGCUGGAGAGGUUAUCCGAAGCGUGGUUGGAAACUGCAAAGUUUAUUUUUAUGUAUCUCCAUUCUUGCGCACUCGUGAGACAUUGAAAGAGAUAAGUGAAUCGUUUUCUAGCAACGAAAUCAUUGGGGUAAGAGAAGAAUGCAGGUUAAGAGAAAUGGACUAUGCUAAAUUUCAGAAUACAGAGAAGAUGGAGGAGUAUAAGAAGGAACGAGAGAGAUAUGGUAAGUUCUUCUACCGCUUUCCCCAUGGAGAAUCCGCCGCCGAUGUCUACGAUCGGGUUUCAGGUUUUAUGGAAUCGCUGUGGAGGGAUAUAGAGAUGGAGGAAAUAUGUGAAAGUGGUAGCGAUGACAAUCUGAAUAUCGUUAUAAUCAGUCAUGGACUUACGAUUCGAAUUAUACUGAUGAGAUUAUUUAAAUGGACUGCAGAAGAAGUGGAAAGCCUAAUAAGUCCAAAAAAUGGUGAGAUUCGUAUCUUGGAAUUAGGACAUGAAGGCAAGUACAGUCUAGCAUUACAUCAUGACGAUAAAACAUUAGAGAAAUGGGGACUCUCCCCACAAAUGAUUCUUGAUCAAAAGCAGAGGGCUUAGGUUCACCCUCACAACUCUUAUUUCACUACUUUUUAUUUAAUUUUGUCAUUUCUAUAAUUGUAUGGUAUGGUAUAAAACUGGCAUUCUGUAUUGCAUACUUUUUUUUUAUUCCUUUAAAAUAUAUGAUUCACA